AUGGUGAGGGUCAGUGUGCUCAAUGAUGCGCUCAAGUCCAUGUACAAUGCUGAGAAGAGGGGGAAAAGGCAGGUCAUGAUCAGGCCGUCAUCCAAGGUGAUCAUCAAGUUCUUGACAGUCAUGCAGCGUCAUGGCUACAUUGGUGAGUUCGAAUAUGUGGAUGACCACCGUGCUGGGAAGAUUGUGGUGGAACUGAAUGGAAGACUAAACAAAUGUGGUGUUAUUAGCCCUCGCUUUGAUGUUGGCGUAAAGGAGAUCGAAGAAUGGACUGCGAGGCUGCUCCCAUCUCAUCAGGAUAUUGCCAGAGAUGAAAGUUGCUGGGAUGCUCCCAAUUGCCAUGGCCAUCAUCAGACUUCUUCUCCCAGGCACCAUCACCUCCAUCUCAUUUUCUUUUGUCCCAUGUAUUUUCUGAUUUGCCCCAUGGGUCAUUUUUAUUCUGAUUUGAAUCCACCUGUGAUGGAAGGUUUGGAUGCCCUACUUGUGAAAUCUAAGCAUUUGGUGAAGCGUGUUGAUCCAGAAAUGGAUGGAUACCCUCAGGAACAAUCCCAUUUAACAAACAAAUGGUUCAGCUCAAAGUCAUCAAAGAAGGAAAUAGAAAUGACUACUUUCCUGUGUAAUCAUUGUAGUAUUCAUGUUGACGAGAUGGAGUGCAAGGUGAAGCAGUUUACAAUUGGUUGA